AUGAAGGCCCACACUCUAGUGCCGAUUCUCAGUCUCGCCAGUGCUACGGCCGCUGCGGCCGUGCCUCCCAGCAGCAAAACCCCCUUUGGAUAUGCUUCUGGAUCCAAGGAGUCCAUCGCCAAUCUCAAGGAUAAGAUCGAGAAUGUAGUCUGGAUUCUGCUAGAGAACCGCAGUUUCGACAAUAUCCUGGGUGGUGUCAAGCGUAAGGGACUCGACAACGUCGUCAAUAACGGUCCCUUUUGCUACCCCCAGAACGUGAGCGAGCCGAGCAGCACACAGCGAUGCAGUGUCUAUAAGGACUUUGACUCGGUCAAGCACGAUCCUGACCACUCGAUCACGGGCUAUAACAUGGAGCUCUACGGCACCUACCAUCCCAGCGAUGAGGCUAUCCGUAACGGGACCCUCAAGCCAAGCAUGAACGGGUUCGUUCAGCAGCAGCUGGUGCACCACAAGGGUAUGGACCCCAAGGUAGCUACCGAGGAAGUCAUGGGCUACUACUCUGAGGACGAGAUCCCAACACUUGUCAAUCUGGUCGAUGAUUUUACCACCUUUAACUACUGGCAUUCGUGCAUUCCUGGGUUCACUAACGUCCAUCAGCCCACGAACCCUAACCGGCUCUGCGCCGUAUCCGGCACAUCAGACGGCCACGGGGAAAACGACAACAGCUUUGACGUCUCCGGUGUCGAGAUAUCCAGCAUCUUCCAAGUCGCCAGCGAGAACGGCAUCUCCUGGAAAAACUAUGACGGCACCAACGGCGACUUCCUCCCAGACGCGCUCUUCUUCAAUUGGACCUCUGAGAAUGCACAGAGCAGCGUUGUCCCCCUUGAGAACUUCUACCAGGACGCCUACCUGGGCCUCCUCCCGCAACUCUCUUACAUAAACCCCUCCUGCUGCGACCUCGACACAAACUCCAUGCACCCUUCCGGCAACGUCUCCUUCGGCCAGGUCCUGGUCAAGCAGAUCUACGACGCGGUCCGAACAGGCCCGCAAUGGAACAAGACCCUACUCCUCCUCACCUUUGACGAAACAGGCGGCUUCUAUGAUCACGUCGAGCCCCCUCUUGCCGUCCGCCCGGAUGACAAGACGUACGUUGAGACUGCUGCCGAUGGUACCGACUACACCUUCACCUUUGACCGUCUGGGCGGCCGCAUGCCUACGUGGCUUAUCUCGCCGUACACGCCCAAGGGCCACAUUGAAGACUACGGCGUCGACCCCGUGACUGGCCAGAAGGCCUCGUACAGCGCAACCUCUGCGCUCAAGACGCUGGGUUACCUGUGGGAUCUCGAAGACUUUACGCCGCGUGUUGAGCACUCGCCCGCUUUCGACCACUUGAUUGGGCCCACGUUGAGGAGCAGUCCUGAGACGCUGGCGAACCCGCAUACGUUUCCCGACGCCGUUUAG